AUGGAAAUUUCGAAGAAGGCACUCCUCCUAAGCACAAUCGCUUUCUCUAUAAUAUGUGGAAAAUAUGUGGGAAGUGCAAGUGACCUGGGAAGUUCAGCAGACAUAAGUGAUGAACUCGCGCAGAAAAAGAUUGUGCUGAUUGUAACUAUUGAUGAGGAAGAUGUAAGAGUAUGCGAAUCACAUGUCGGAAAACUUGGAGGAGAACAGCCGCUCUUCCUUGGCGAAGGUUGCGAAUCAUUUGGCCACGCUGCUCACGAGAUCGGUCAUGUUCUGGGGCUGUAUCACACACAAAAUAGUGGUUCUCCUACCAAAAAUCCGAAAAUGACUCCAAAAGAAGAGAACUACGAGCAGACUAUCAGUUCACCAAUGAUAUCGCUCAUUGAUCUCCGAAUGGUCAAUAAGCUCUACGAUUGCGACGAGAUUGCUGAUUACCUUUCUGUCUUUAUCAGACUUCACUUUAUAGAGCCUCCCAUCGUAACUGGGACCUUCGGCUCAGCCUGUGGUGGAGAAUCAAACGCUACAAACACUUGGAAGGAACAGGAUCUAGCGUUCGCUAGCGCGAAUAAUGAUGGAGAUUACUCUAUUUGCACCUAUUGGAUAAGGGCUCCUGCGGGGAACAGAAUCGAAAUGAAGAUUGAUGCGAUCAACGGUGUAUCCGCACUCCAGGGAUGCGUUGAAGGGGGAAUAGAAAUUAAAACGAACGAAGAUCAAAGAGUUACUGGGCACAAGUUCUGCUCGCUUGAUGAAGAAGAAGAGAUCAUUCUUAAGUCAACACGCACCCUCAUCCCUGUAAUUCUUUACUCUAAUGUCAUGUUCCCAGUCAUCUUUGUGAAAAUUGAAUACCGAUACGAAGUGGACGAAAAGCUGGCAGCAGACCAAAAAUCUUAA